AUGCCAAAGUUGCCUGAGUUUAACACUGCAAUUGACAUGGCCAAACCCAAAUUCAACUUAGGAUUAUCCUUUCCGUCUGGUGCAGUGUUUAAGAAAGCAGUAAGAGAGUAUUCAAUACAAAACAGGAAGGAUAUAUUCUUUAAGAAGAAUGGCCCGCACAGGGUUAGAGCACAAUGUAAGGGUGUAAACUAUCCUUGGUAUUUAGAGGAGUUCAAGAUCAAUGAGAAGUUGGGUGUUUCCUCUUUCGUGCACAAAGUUAACAAAGACCAUGUGCUAGACAUAACAAGGGACAAGGCAUACAAAGCUCGACUUUUAGCAACAAAAGCCAUUGAAGGAAGCUAUGAAGAGCAGUAUGAUGCUCUUUGGGACUAUGUCGAGGAGAUUAAAAACACCAAUAGGGGUUCUAUUGUGGAAUUUUUGACAGAACCAAGUGAGAAUGGAAAACCAAGGUUCAAGAGGAUGUAUUUAUGCUUUGCUGGGUUGAGGGAAGGUUUCAAUGGAGGAUGUAGACCAAUGAUUGGUUUAGAUGGAGCUCACAUUAAAGGGGUUCAUCCUGGGCAACUUUUGAUUGGAAUAGAUGGAAACAACCAGAUGUAUCCUGUUGACAUUGCCGUGGUUGAAAUAGAGAACAAGGACUCAUGGAGUUGGUUUCCCAAUCUACUUAGAGUUGACUUGAUAAUUGAGAACUCUAAUCACUGGACCUUCAUAACAGACAAGCAAAAAGGAUUGGAGCAAGCUUUGAAGGGAAUGUGGGAUGAAGGGAUACCUGAGGCCGAGCAUCGACAUUGUGCUCGACACUUGGAGAAGAACUUCAUUAAGGUGUUCAUGGAUAAAAUCCUUAAAGACUUAUUAUGGAAGGCUACUAGAGAAGUGACUGUUAGAAGGUUUGAAGUUGUGAUGAAGGAGAUUAGAAUGGUCAAUGAAGCAACUUAUGAGUGGUUAAUGGCUAUAGGACUAAAACACUGA